AAAAAGUUGAUUUGUCAAGUAUCUAAGAUCUGAUUAUGUUAUAUACCAUUAAUUUUUGAGAAUCGAUAUCGUAGUGAUGAUAAAUAUUAUUGUGGGAGCAAGGGAUCUAUUUCGUCCGGGUUUCUUUGUCCGCGAGUAUGGCCCCUUCCAUUUCAGACUCACAAACUCUCAAUAAGUACAGACUGCGGUGUCUCAUUCACUUUUCAACAGCUGACUUUUGCAUCAAAAUCAUAUGCAAGGUGCUUUUGAUCUGUAGAAACAAUGAUCCUCAAAAUCACCCCACUCAGCCUCGUCGUCGCAAGCACAGUUGCCUAGCCUCACCCCGCAUUCACAGCCUCGUCAACAAGGCUUCUCCUUCUCCUUCUCCUUCUCCUUUUCCCCUCAAAUAUUCACAACCACCUCUCAAACUUCCCAAGAGAAAGCCAACUUUCAACACCCAAGAUGCCGAUCCCUUCCCGUAUCGUCGAUGGGAAAAAGACCUUCACGAUGCUCGAAAACAACCCCUCAGUAAUGACGCCCCUAGCCCACAAACUUGGCCUCUCUCAAGACUUUGAAUUCUACGAUGUCUACUCACUUACCGAACCCUCGCUCCUCUCCAUGAUUCCUCGACCUGUUCUUGCUCUCCUGGUUAUUAUCCCCUGGACGCUUGCUUGGCACGAGAACAGGGUCGCUGAAGAUGCUGAUAAAGGAGUCUACGAAGGGAAGGGGGAGGAAGAGCCAGUCGUUUGGUUUACACAGACAAUUGGACAUGCGUGCGGCAGUAUUGGGUUGACGCAUUGUUUGAUGAACGGUCCUGCGAAGGAACAUAUUUCACCCGGCUCCAUCAUGGCGAGAUUGAGGGAACAAGCUAUUCCGCUAGGGAUGGCAGACAGGGCGAAGGUACUUUACGAUUCGAAGGAGUUUGAAGACGAGCAUCAGUCUGUUGCUGACGUGGGGGAUACUGCUCCUCCGGCGACGGAGGAUGAGGAGAGAUCGGGUGGGCAUUUUGUCGCGUUUGUGAAGGAGGGUGGCAGGUUGUGGGAAUUGGAGGGGAGUAGGAAGGGGCCUCUGGACAGAGGACCGCUAGGAGAGGAUGAAGAUGUCUUGAGUGAGAAGGCCAUUGCGAUGGGGUUGGGCAGAGUCAUUGAGUUGGUGAAGAAUGCUGGAGGAAAUGAUUUGAGGUUCAGCUGCAUUGCACUUGCGGCAAAGGAGGUCUGAGAAAUCCACACAAGAUCCGGAGACAUAGAUGUCGACUUACAGAGAGACGAAUCAAAGAAAAUGGGAAGUUUGAAAUGGGCGUGAGGGGUAGCAUUAUGGAGCUACAUAUUUCGAACUCGAUAUUCUCAUUGCAGCAGCCAGUCGACAGUCAUAUUUCUUAUCUCUCAUGAACAAUUCCCUACCGAGAUGGCCAAUCUU